CUUCCAAAAAACCGCAAAAUCUCACCGAAUCUUUCGCCGUCUCCGAGGCUUGCACAACUCUUCUUCCUCAUCUUCCGCCGCGGGCGGCGACGGCGGCGGCGGCGGCCAUGGCGGCGGCGGAGCAGAGCGCGGAGCAGUUCAGGGGCCAGGCGAGGCUCCCGGGGUUCGCGGCGCCCCGGCGGUACGACCUGCGGCUCGUCCCCGACCUCGACGGGUGCGCCUUCACGGGAUCUGUGGACGUCUCCGUCGACGUCACGGCGCCCACCAGGUUCCUCGUGCUCAACGCCGCCGAGCUCGAGGUCUCCCCCGGGGGCGUCCAGUUCAAGCCCCAUGGCGCCGAGCAGGAGCUGCACCCAGCGGAGGUUACCAAUGUGCCAGAGGAUGAGAUCCUGAUUAUCCGCUUCAAUGAGGUUCUUCCUGUAGGGGAGGGAACUUUAGUAAUUGCAUUCAAGGGAACUCUGAACGACAAGAUGCAUGGCUUCUACAGAAGUGUGUAUGAACUCAAUGGGGAGAAGAAGAACAUGGCGGUAACCCAGUUUGAACCUGCUGACGCAAGGCGUUGUUUUCCUUGUUGGGAUGAGCCCUCUUUUAAGGCUAUAUUCAAAAUUACUCUAGAAGUUCCGUCUGAGACCGUUGCAUUGUCAAACAUGCCAGUGGUUGAAGAGAAGGUCAAUGGCCUUAUCAAAGCUGUCUAUUUUCAAGAAACACCAAUAAUGUCAACAUACCUAGUGGCUGUUAUUGUUGGCAUGUUCGACUAUGUGGAAGCUUUCACCACUGAUGGCACUAGGGUUCGUGUUUACACUCAAGUUGGCAAGAGUGCCCAGGGAAAGUUUGCACUAGAGGUUGCUGUGAAGACACUGGUCCUCUUCAAGGAGUAUUUUGCUGUGCCAUACCCACUCCCAAAAAUGGACAUGAUUGCCAUUCCUGAUUUUGCCUCUGGAGCAAUGGAGAACUAUGGCUUGGUUACAUAUCGUGAAACAGCUUUGUUAUUUGAUGAGAAACACUCUGCAGCUGCGAAUAAGCAAAGGGUUGCAGUUGUGGUAGCCCAUGAAUUAGCUCACCAGUGGUUUGGAAAUCUUGUGACGAUGGAGUGGUGGACACACCUAUGGCUUAACGAGGGUUUUGCGACAUGGGUCUCCUACUUAGCUGCAGACAAUUUCUUUCCUGAAUGGAAUGUUUGGACCCAAUUUCUUGAGGAAUCUACAACAGGUUUCAAGUUAGAUGCCCUUGCAGGGUCACAUCCAAUUGAGGUCGACGUAAAUCACGUUGAUGAAAUAGAUGAAAUAUUUGAUGCUAUAAGCUACAGGAAAGGAGCUGCUGUUAUUCGGAUGCUGCAAAGCUAUCUUGGGGCUGAAACUUUUCAGAAAUCUCUGGCCGCAUACAUCGAAAAGUUCGCAUAUUCAAAUGCCAAGACUGAGGACUUGUGGGCUGCCCUUGAAGAGGGGUCUGGUGAACCAGUGAAAACAUUAAUGCAUUCAUGGACAAAGCAGCAAGGGUACCCUGUUGUUAAUGUGAAGCUCAAGGAUGGAAAGCUAGAGAUGGAGCAGACACAGUUCCUAUCAAGCGGGGCUGAAGGAGUUGGGCAAUGGGUGGUUCCCAUCACACUGUGUUGCUGUUCGUACUCACGUCAAGAGAAGUUCCUUUUUAAUGGAAAGCAAGAGGAUUUUAAUUUGUCAGGGCUUGUAGAAUGUCAAAAGAAAGAAGACUUCUGGAUUAAACUUAAUGUCAAUCAGACUGGCUUCUAUAGAGUGAGCUAUGAUGAGGAACUUGCAUCUCGACUUAGAUAUGCAAUUGAAGCCAACAAACUGAGUGCAGCAGACAGAUAUGGUGUACUUGAUGACACAUAUGCCCUCUGUAUGGCUGGCAAACAGAAGCUAGUCUCCUUAUUGCAUUUGAUUGCUGCGUACAAGGAUGAAACCGAGUAUACUGUGCUCGCCCGUGUCAUAGAUACAAGUCUGAGCAUUGUCGAGAUGGUGGCUGUUGCUGCUCCUGAGGGGUUGGGCAAGCUGAAAAAGUUCCUGAUUGACUUUCUUGAGCCAUUUGCACAGAGAAUUGGUUGGGAUGCUAAAAGCGGUGAGGGUCACUUGGAUGCAUUAUUGAGAGGUACACUUUUAACUGCUCUGGCAGAACUUGGCCAUGAAGCUACAAUAAAUGAAGCUGUACGCCGAUUUAACAUCUUUGUGGAAGAUAGAGAAACACCACUACUCCCUCCAGAUGUUCGAAAGGCGGCAUAUGUUGCUUUGAUGCAGACAGUGAACAAAUCAAACAGAGCCGGCUAUGAAUCACUAUUGAAGAUCUAUAAAGAAACUGAUCUGAGCCAGGAAAAAGUCAGAAUUUUAGGUUCUCUAGCAUCUUGCCCUGAUCCUGAUGUUGUUCGUGAUACACUGGACUUCAUGCUGUCACCUGAGGUGAGGAAUCAGGACUCUAUAUUUUUGCUUAGAGGAGUCGGUGCAGCGGGACAUGAGGUGGCAUGGACAUGGUUGAAGGAAAAGUGGGACUACAUUUCAGACACCUUCUCUGGAACUCUUCUCACCUAUUUCGUUUCCACCACCGUCUCACCGCUGCGCACCGAUGAAAUGGGCGACGACGCGGAGGAGUUCUUCAAGAGCAGGACGAAGGCCAACAUCGCGAGGACGGUGAAGCAGAGCAUCGAGAGAGUGAGGAUCAAUGCCAAAUGGGUGGAGAGCACCAGGGCCGAGGCUAACCUGGGCAAUGUCCUCAAGGAAAUUUCUCACGACCACUGAGACGACCGAUCUUUUCCUGCGCCGUUGUCUUAGCGUGUAAGAUGCGUACUCUCCAGCAACAAGUUAGUAAUAAGAACUUGGUGGGUUAGACGACCUGUUGCAUGCCCCUGAUACUUGCAUCUAUGGACCAGUUUCUCCAGGUUAUGUCAGUUUGAUAGAUGCAAUUGCAAUUUGCAUGGAGUAUUUGAUAGGGACAUCCGGACAUGAAUUGCAUGCAAAUGUUGCCCUGGCAGUUCAACAUUGCCAGAAUCUGGGAAAUUAAUGAGCAUCUUUCGUACACAA